CUCGAUGUUCGGCGGGGGUGCAGCUCUGCCCGUUCGCUCAGCCCUGGAAAACCACGCCAGUCAUUUUUGUUUUGAUAAGGAUACGGAUACAAAAAGAGCGUGGCCUGGAAAAACUGCAAAAACGGCGGAGAAAGCGCCCCAAAAGCGAGCGAAAACGGUGGAAACUGAUCGUGGGGCAGUGCGCGACAAAGUGUCCGCGGAUUCAGGCCCUCCCAAUCGCUACGUGGAAGCAUAAGCAGCGUGUGGAAGAAGAGGAGAAGAAGAAGCAGCGCAGCAAAAGUACACAGAAGUGCAAACCAGACGACUGAAAUAACAAAUCAAAGAAGGCCCCAAAGGGAGCGGCGCAGUGGAAGUAACUGCGGGGGCGGGGAAUGGCCGAGGUUCGUCGGUGGCCGCCAUUGUGUAACGCCGCCGAUGGGCAGACUGUAGAUCCGCGCUAGGAUCUUAUCUCUCGAAUAUCAUGCAUCUGAACCAUGCGACAGCCGCCACGGCAGCCAUGGCCAAUUAUCAGCACUACCAACUGCCAGCCUCUCAUGGCGGUGGUGGCGGAGGAGGAGGUGGCGGUGGAGGAGGAAGUAAUGGUGGAUCUGGACCGGGUCCCAACUCGGGACAGCAGCAGCCCACCACACUGGCCAGCCUGCAACAGAGUCCCUUUGCGCUGCACCAACUCACCGCCGUGCAGGCCAUCCAGCACCCCACCCACCAAGCCAUGCUCCAUCCACAGCACCCGCUGGUCCAUUUGCUGGACAUAUCCACUACCACAGCGAACAGUGGCGGUGGAGGCGGGGGCAGCCACACGCCCAUUUCGCCCAUGAAACAGGAGGUGCAGAGCGUGAUUAGCGAGGAGGAGGUGGUGGUGGACGAUCCGCGCAAGAAGAAACAGUGCCACGUGUGCAAGAACAAGUUCCGGCAGCUGACCACGUUACGCAACCACAUGAAGAUCCACACGGACGAGCGGCCCUACAAGUGCAAACACUGCGACAAGGCCUUCCGCCAGAUCUCGACGCUUACCAACCACGUGAAAAUCCACACCGGAGAAAAGCCGUUCACCUGCAACAUCUGCGCCAAGGACUUUCGCCAGCAGAGCACCUUGAUCAAUCACAUCAAGACGCACAAGGCGGCGGAGUCCAGCACGCCAACAUCCCUGUUGAACUAUCAGCCGCAGACGGGCAGCGGCAAACACCGGAAGUCCCAGAUGCACCAGGCCUACCAGCAGCAGCAUCAGCGCGUCCAAAUCUCAAAGACCUUGUACUCCGGCAGCUACAGCUCGCCGGCGGCCGAGGAGCUGGUGAAGCCGUUCCAGUGCAGCGUUUGCAAGCGCCGCUUCCCGCAGCUGAGCACGCUGCACAACCACGAGCGGACCCACAUCGAUCCUAAGCCGUACAAGUGCGAAACGUGCGACAAGUCCUUCAGCCAGCUGGCGACGCUGGCCAACCACAAGAAGAUCCACACGGGCGACAAGCCGUACACGUGUUCCUACUGCCACAUGCAGUUCCGCCAGCAGAGCACCCUUACCAACCACCUCAAGACGCACACGCAUCAGAUAGCGCCUGGAGGCGCCGGUGGAGCAGGAGGCGGCGGAGGCGCCGUCACAGCCACAGUGGAUCACUCAAUGCCCGCUCCUCUGGCGCCCGGGACGCAGCAGCUGACCAGUGGCCUGUUGCCGAACAACCUGCACGGCAGCACGGCGAACAUCAUCCAGCUGGACCACCAUCCGCUACUGCAUUUCCUCGACGGCAGCACCACGGUCAGCUCGGUAGUGGCCACGGCAGCGGCCAACACCAAGGUGGAGCAUUUCCAGGCGGGCGGCUCGCCAUCGGGCCGGAUGACCGUGGUGGGCACCAUCAACAUGCUGAAGGGCGACAAUCCGGACCGGCCGUUUGGCUGCAGCGUCUGCCAGCGGUUCUUCUCACAGCAGAGCACCUUGGUCAAUCACAUCAAGACGCACACCGGAGAGAAGCCCUACAAGUGCAAGAUCUGUGAGGUCAACUUCCGGCAGGUGGCCACGCUGAACAACCACAUGAAGAUCCAUACCGGCGAAAAGCCCUACAACUGUUCCUACUGCCCCAAACAGUUCCGGCAAAAGAGCACACUGCAAAACCACCUGCGGGUGCACACCUGCUAGACCCACGUCAGAUUCAGAUCGCAACGCGAUCCAGGUCCGCAGCCAGCCAGCCAGUCAAGCAGCCAUUGAGGAAUAGUGCAAUAUGCAUGCCACAUAGCACAUACACUUAUAGAUCGCAUAUACGGCAUACGAAUACGAUUACAUGAAUACUAUAUUUGAAUAUAUACUCGAAAGUGUUAUUUACCUGCUGUGCAGAGCGCAAUUGUAUGUAACUAUAUCGUAGAGAGCUGAUCCACAUGCGUGUCCAAUUGUAAAUUAAGGCUAGCCGUAUUGGCAUAAGCCACAGAUUAUAUGAUACAGGGUGUUUAGGCCUAAACUCUAUACUAUCCUAUGAUGGUUCGAUUUGAGUCGGUGUGUUAAAGGUAUCUUAAGGCACUUUAAAGCCAUUUAGUCUAAAACUUUUUAUUAUCUUUUAAUACCCAUAAAUUUCUCGCUUUUUAAAGCUUUGUAAAUGAAUCAUCGGCAUCUUCCUAAGUUGGGUUGCUGUUUUCGAAUGGCAAGGAAAAUGACUACAAUAAAUUUAGAUGUGACCUACUUUGCACAAUAACCUUUUAUGCCUGAAUUUUUACCACUCGCAUAAUUGUUAUCUUUUAUAUUUCCUUUACAAGGAACAUAUUACUUAAAAAAAAAGAUUGAUAUUGUUUAAAACUGGUACAAUUCAAGUUUUAUCAUUUGUUUUAAGGCCAAAUGGUCAAGAGUUAUUAGGAUUUCUUUAGCACCGAAGCUUCUUGAGAAAUCAAAUCGAUCCACACUACAGCUAUCCUCCUCUGCAACUGUUGUCACCCAUGCCCCCUGAUCCCUCGAUCCCUACCAAUUAGUUCCGAGCAUCGGCUUCAUUCAGCUUUUCUCGUCGUGUUAAAUGUUAAGCCCGCCAGCAAAGUAAAGUAAAUUAAUUAAAAGUAAAACUAGUUAUUGCUAUACUAUGUGUAAUCCCGCCCGCUCUGAACCGACAUAAAGCCGAACCGAACGGAAAUCGAAAACAGCAACUAUUUAUAUAAGUGUACUCUUAGCGCAUACUUAGCAGCAUCUUCUACUCACAUGACUACGCGCGGAGCAAUGGCGAUCGCAUAAAUAAUCAAUAAUACAUUUAAUGAACGAAUGAAUGAAAACCGGGUUGCUUAUAGAACAAAAACUUAGAAAACAGAGAGACACAAGAGUCCCUAAAUUAAGUGAAACGAUGAGGAGAACGAAGUAAAACGAGUAAAACCAGCUAUAAUUGAAUUGAUACAGAUCGAUCGUAAAUGUUGUAGAGAAUAUAUAGUAUAUAUAUAAAUAUAUAUAAACUACUUGUAAAUGUAAGCGAAGCGAAGAGCUAAAACAACAAUAAAACAUGCAAACAGAAACUGUAACUUUA